CGAACGAAACGCGACUCGUAUCCACAGCAUAGUCAGGAUUCAAUCCUUCCAUCGUUACACGUUACAUCCAUGGCUACUUCGCUUUCUCUCUCCAAUUUCCUCUCCUUCCCCUUGCCCUCAAACCCACUUCCCAGAACCUCACCUCAACUCUCCUUCUCUUCUCCACCAACUCAAUUUUCAUCUCAAAAGCUUAAGAAUAAGUUGAUUCCACUGGUGGCCCAAGAGGGUCACUCGGGUUCUUUACCCGCUGAAUUGUCCUCGAUUAUCUGUCCAUCUCUUGCAUAUUCGAAUACCCUUUUCUUCCAAUCGGCUUACAAUGUGCAGGUGAUUGUGGAUGAUAAUGAGCCUGAAGAGAGGCUGCUGAAUAGGUUCAGGAGAGAGGUUAUGAGAGCUGGUAUCGUUCAAGAGUGUAAGAGGAGGAGGUUCUUUGAGAAUAAGCAAGAUGAGAAGAAACGCAAGUCCCGUGAGGCUGCUAAGCGUAACAGGAGAAGGCGCUUCCAAUCAAGACCCAUAAUGCAAAACAAGCAGGAAACAUCCACAAGCAAGAAGGAUGAAGAUGGCGAAGAUAACUGGGAGAUGCCUGAAGGAGACCUUCCUUAUUAAAUAUUUAGAAUUUUUCCACAUUUGACUGUAAGAAAUUGUUAUUUUUCCUCCAAUCGAAGUUGCUCAACUAAAUGGUGUUCUUUUACAAAGUCUUUGCAUUCUCAUUGUUACUUCUGUAUCUAAGCUAAUUAGCAAUUGUAUCUCAUCCUUGAAUCAAUUUUAGGGCACUUAAUGCAAUUGUGUCAAGCAAUGAUGC